AUGGACACUUCAGCCGACAAGACCGAAGCCAAGGAAAACGAUGUAGCACUCGCUGGACCUCAAGCAACCAACGAGGUCAACGCACCAGACGGCGAAGGGAAGACGGAAGCAGCCAUACUUCCCUCUGAUGUGGCCGCCGACGCUGCCACGCCUUCGGGGAACAAGAACGGAAAGAGAAAGUCCACAUCGGGCGUUCCAGAGCACAAGACCAAGAAGGUGAACAAGAGAAAGUCGGUAGCUCAACUGAACCUCGACAUCCAGCCGGGUGACUACUACUGGGCUAGACUCAAGGGAUACUCACCAUGGCCCUCGAUCGUCUGCGAUGAGGACAUGCUUCCUGAGAUUCUUCUUGGAAACAGACCUGUGAGUGCCAAGCGUGCCGACGGUUCUUACCGCGAGGAUUACGAGGACGAGGGCAAGAACGCCAAAGACAGAACCUACCCUGUCAUGUUCCUGGGAACCAACGAAUUCUCUUGGAUGGUCAACACCUCUCUCACCAAGCUGGAGCCUGGCGAAUGCACUCCCGACAAGCAAACUGGCAAGAUAUCCAAGGCCCUGAAGGAGGCCUACGACAUUGCCGAGGAACGUCACGACUUGGACUACUUCAAGAACAUGCUUGAGGAAUUCAUGCAAGCACAAAAGCAGGCUCAAGAAGACGAGGCUGCCAAACAAGCCGAGAAGGAGGCUAAGGCUGCCAAGAAGGCCGAGAAGGCCGCUGCAGACAAGACCAAGGAGAAGAAGGACCGUAGAAAGAGCAAGAGCAAGGAGACUGUCUCCGAUGCUGAUGAUAUGGAUCUUGAUGUUCCCGAGGAUGCAGAGACUAAGCCUACCAAGAAGAGAAAGAAGGAGGCUGAUAGUGAAGGCGAGGGCCCCAAGGUAAGAAGGCAUUAUCCGGAUCGUCCACGCUUGGAGCUAACAGAGAGGCAGCCCAAGAAGACACCCAAGGCACCCAAGGUUGCAGCUGCUAAGACUAAUGGCGAGUCGGCCAAGAAGGCAGCCAAACCCAGAAAGGUCGUACAAAAGCCUGCUGAUGAGGAACCCGUCACCGAAGCCGAGAAGCUGGAGCGCCGCGAGAAGGCCGUUCUUUAUCUACGCCAUAGACUGCAGAAGGGCUUCCUUAUGCGCGACCAGACACCCAAAGAGGAAGAAAUGGCUACCAUGGACGAAUUCUUCAAACAACUCGAGGCCUACACAAACCUCGAGCCCGCCAUCAUCCGUGGCACAAAGAUCUACAAGGUGCUUCGCGGUGUGGUCAAGCUCUCGUCGAUUCCCAAGGAAGAGGAGUUCCAAUUCAAGAAGAGAUCAAAUGAUCUUCUCGCCUCUUGGCACGAAGCGCUCGGUUCCAAGGGCGACGACAAGGAUGAUGAGAAGACAGAGGACAAGGACAACUCUGAGAAGGUAGAGAAGGCCGAAGAGACCGUCGAGAAGACAGAGUCCAAGGAAGCUACCGAGGCUCCCAGCAACACAGAAGCUGCUGAGGACAAGGACGUUGCCAUGACCGAUGUGAAGGAGGACAAGAUUGAGUCAGCACCUGCUGCAGUCAGCGAGACCGCCACCGCAGAGUAG